CAGGCUAUGGCAUGAUGCGUAAAAAGAGCGUAAGGAACAAGCAAUCUCGUGCCGCAUCUUAUGAAAGGAUGGUCUAGAAAAGCAUUUUGAGUGGUUUAUUUCUCCUAACUGAGCCUUUCUGAUGUGAAGGAAAUUAUUUUUAGAGAUCAAAAUAUUGAACAUAUGCAAACAAAACUAUCAAAUAUAUUGGAAGCCUCACGGAUGAUCGCAUCAAGGCGACCUCCCAGCUGGAAAGAUGGAUUAGAAGUCAAGCUACUGCCGCCGUUAUAGGGAAAAAGAUCUAGUUUGGAAUGAAGAAGAUUAAGGGGAAGCUGGUGAAGCGCACCUCACAGACUCAACUUCAAGUAAAUCCACCUAGUGAAGAUGAUGCUUGGACUAAAUAUGAUGAACGGCUCAUUGAAUGUGUGGUGAAUGGAGAUGUAGAAAAACUCAAGACUACUCUUGCAAAAAAGGGGACAUCAGCGAUAAAGUUGGGACCAAAUGGGACAACAGCUCUUCACACAGCAUGUGAGAAAGGAAAUGUUGAGUGUUUGGAGGUGUUACUGGGAGAACAACCAGACCUAUCAUUUGUGAACAAAGCGGGCUGCAGUCCUCUCCAUGUGGCUGCAUAUUCUGGGAACACAGAAUGUGCAAAGAAAAUCUUAGAACACAAGGUCCAUGUUGGAACUCAGGAUGGUAAAAAAAUGACUGCACUUCACCAUGCGGCUGCCAAAGGUCAUAAAGAAUGUGUUGAACUUCUUCUUAACAACAAAGCUUCUCUUAAUGGCAAAGACAAGGAUGGAAGAACUCCUUUAUUGAUGGCUAUACAAGGUGCACAUGAAGAUGUUGUCAAGUUAUUACUUGACAGAGGAGCAAAGGUUAACAUAGCAGACAAUUCUAAAAAGACAGCACUUAUGUAUGCAUCACUUCUGGGGCUUUCCAUUACUGUAGAGAUGUUACUAAAAAGGGGUGCUAAUCCACAACUGACUGACAGUAAUGGUCAUACAGCUGAGGAGUUUGCUCGCUUGUGUAAUUACCAAGAUAUCAUUGACCUUAUGCACAGUGCUCCAUCUGUUGCAAUGUGGGAUGCAGGGGAAACCUCAGAGGAUAAUGAACCGGAUGAAGAGGAUUCAGUUGUUCCAAAUGGUGAGUUAAUAACAGAGUUCAGCAGUUUGGAAGAAUCAGAGACAGAGGUAACUGUUUCACUGCACCAUGAAACAGUUUCAAGUACCACUGGGGUUCCAAGCUCAGUCAACAGUGGUAGUAUAUCACAACAGGAAUCCUUUUCAUCCAAGGCUUCAACAACGCUGUCCUCCCCAAGAGCAGCCAACCAAGAUCUGUCUCAAGAUAUCACGGAACUGGAAGAGGAAAAUGAAAUGCUAAACCAAGAAUUGAAUAAACUAAGAGUUCAACACCAGAAAACUCUAGAAAGGCUUCGUGGCCUUGAAGCCCAGCAAGAGAGCAAAGCACCAGUAGUGACAAAUCAUAUCAAUGGCCAUAUAGAGGAAGAAUUAUUAGAAGAAAAAGACAAAAAAAUACAGGAGCUAGAAAAAGAGGUUGAGAAAUUAAAGGAAGAUUUAACAAAUGAGGAAGAGUCCAGAUGUGAAGCUGAGCAAGAAGUAGAGAAUCUCAAAGCUCAAGUGGCAACAUUCCAGGAUGAAAAUCAGGGUGAAUUUAACUCCAGUGAAACUGAUGAUGAUAUUGAUUUACCAGGUGUUGAUCAGAACUGGGAUUCAAAGAACAACAACAAGCUCUCCAAAAAUGCACAGCCGGACCAACUCAUUUCACUGCAUGGUCAGGUCACAACUCUUAAACUUGAGAAUGAAAUGCUAAAAGAGCAACUCCAGCGGCAUUCUCGAGUCAAUGGAGAUUUGAUUGAUAGCCGGGUCGAUCGCGACAUACCCACAAUUCCACUGACAGUUUAUCAGCAGCUCAAGGAAUCAAAUGAAGACGAAAUAUUUAAGUUGACGGAAGAAUUGGAAGAGCUCAAGAUAACAAAUGAAUCCCUUCAAAAGUCAAUCGCCAACAGUGGAUCAUGUCCUCAAUGCGGUCAGCUCAAAACCAAGUCGGGAAAUUCAUCAAAUAAUACAACAGAACAGCGAUUGAUUGCAGAGUUAAAGGAGCUCGAGCAUCAAUUUCAGGAGGCUGAAAGAGAAUACAGAGAGACUAUAAACAUGUACAGACUACAACUUCUAAAUGCAAGCCAGCUUGAAAUGGACCCUGAGAUACAAGAAGUUCUUCAAAUGAUCGUUAGGUUAAGAAGCAGUGAACAGUUUUGCUAAAGAAUUACCUGCUGUGUAUAAGCAAAGAAAGGUUCCUAUCAUUAAAUACGAGGACCUGCAGUUGAAGUACUUCCGAAAUAGAGAUAAUUUAAGUCCGUUGAAAUGAGUUUUGCGAUGAAAGAAGCAUUUAUCAUACCAAAUUCUUCUCAAUUUAUGCAAAGAGAACUUAGUCUAUAUCAGAUAGUGUCAUAUAUUUAUUUAUUUGUAAGAAUUAUUCUAGUGUACGUUUUUUUUAAAAACUUUUUGUUUCAGUCCUCUCGCGGCUCCGGCGUUAAACGCAACAUGGCGCCGCAAACCUGCGUACGCCGGAAGUUUAAAGCUUAGUUUUAGUUUGAAGGCUAACUAUAAGAUAAACGAAUAUAAUUGUCUCAAGUGCUAGCACUUUUUUCUACCAGCAGUAUGGUUUUCAAAAGAGGAGACACUGUACAGUGGAAUUUUUAUAUUUCGCAGUUUUCAACUAUCUUAAUUGGUUGAAUUGGUAUUUUGUAAGAUAUUUCAUACCUUUCGUCAAGUUUCCAUUUUAUUUUAGAGCAAAUUUUUAUUUUAAACGUUCGUGCGGAUUUUGUAUUUACCAAUCUCUUGUACAUUACAAAACAAAUGACCUGUUC